AUGAAAGUGUCCGAGUUGAUGGGAGCGAUGUUCCUCCUCACCAUGUUUCCAGCCUGUUCUGGACAAAAUCCAAUGACUGUGCUGUGCUCCAUAGACUGGUUCAUGGUCACAGUGCACCCCUUCAUGUUGAACAACGAUGUCUACGUACACUUUCAUGAGCUGCACUUGGGCCUGGGUUGCCCUGCCAACCAUGUCCGGCCACAUGCCUACCAAUUCACCUACCGAGUUAGUGAAUGUGGCAUCAGGGCCAAGGCUGUCCCCCAGGGCAUGGUUAUCUACAGCUCUGAGAUGCACUAUUCUUCCAAGGGCACGUCAUCUAGAUAUGUGAUCCCAGUGUCAUGCAUUGCCCCUCAGCAGUCCCCAUGGCUCACCAAACCCUGCUCCCUGACAGUACCCAGAAGGAGUGGCACUGCAGCCCAGAAUGAUGAGACAUGCUACGAGGUGUUCAGCUUGUCACCACCCAGCCAAAGGCCCGUCUGUGAUUGUCCACCUUGUGUCUUCAAUGAAGAAGCUCAAGCUCAAGCCCAGGCCGCCGGGCACCAAGCAGGGGCCUGUCCUACACAGUCAAUUUAUUUUAUUGAUGCUCCUGAGGAUUGGUCUCUGCGCUCAGAUGAUCUGAUUGGCCCCAUGUGA